GAGCCGCCUGCUUGUCAUCAUGUGUGUAUGAGCUGUCUGGAGUCACAGAGGAGACUCAGUGUGACUGGGAGGUUUCGGGGCUGAAGUGAAGAGGGGCUCUGAAGUUUUGAAAGAGAACCAGGCUGCCUUCCCCAUAUCCGUGUCCCAGUCUAUGGCUGCCGAUGACUAUAACCCUGUCUCCCUCCGACACAAAUCCAAGAAGAAGAGCAGAGGAGGAAAUGGCACAAUGAGCAGAAGACGCAUCUCGGUCAAGGAGCUGGGUCAGCCGGACCACCAGGGCUGGCUGUACAGGAAGAAGGAGAGUAAAGGCUUCCUGGGCAUGAAAUGGAAGAAGUUCUGGUUCGUGCUGAAGAAGACGGCGUUCUACUGGUACAACAACCAGCUGGCAGAGAAAGCCGAGGGCUACAUUGACCUCACCAACUUCAUGAUUGACAGAGCCAUAGAGUGCAAGAAGAAACAUGCGUUCAAAGCCUGUCACCCACAGGUCAUGAUGUUUUAUUUUGCUGCCGAGAGCCACGAGGAGAUGAACUUAUGGCUGAAUAAGCUCGGGUUAGCCUCCAUUAAGUACGAGCCCACAGAACAAAACCCUGCAGCCGAGUGUUACAGUGAGGCCAGUGACCAUGAAGAGGCUGAAAGCAAAGAGAUCCCCCCUCCACCAUACUCCACCAUACUGCCAGGCGAGACCCCCGCCCCGCCUGGCAGCACACAUCAGGGCACCCUCCCUCCCCCUUACUCCUCCGCGGCCCCCAGCGAGGCCAACGGUUCGCUCUCGUCGCCCGUCAGCACGAUGACGUCGCAGAGCUCCGCCUCCUCGCUCGCCAAGCACCGGCAGUCCUGGCUGGACCUGGUCUCCCAGGCGUCUCCUCCUGCUGGGGAGGCGGCCGUGGUGUGCUCGGCUCAGGUCCACUCGCAGCAGCAGCAGCUUCCACGGGUGGAGGCAGAGGGGCAGAGGGAGGAGCUAGAUGGGCAGGGGGAGGAGCUAGAGGGAGGCCCUCAGGUGAUGGAGAGUUCAGUUCCCAGGGGCCCUUUAGACGUGGCGUCAAAGGAGGAAAACACUGCAGCGGAGGGGGAGGCACAGAAGGAGAGUUCAGGUGCUCAAGAUGAAGGGGAUCAUGGGAAGGGCUCCGAUGAGAUGGAGAGGCUGUACAUUCAUCUGAAAAAGGCGAGUCUGUCGCCGAUAGGAGAUCGCAAGCCCUCAACUAAAAGAGAAUUCAGGGCCUCCUUCGUAAAACGCUGUAAAAACCAUGCUGUCAACGAUAAACUGCACCUUAUCAGGACACUCAACAGCACGUUAAAGUCGAAGGAAGCAGACCUACAGGUAAUCGAGCAGGUGCUUACGGAGCAGGACCUCACAUCGCACAAGUUCAGAGAGUGGAAGGAGGCCAACGGAACCUUGGUGCAGGAGAUCUGCGUGAAACUGAACCAACAGGUGGCGCCACAGGCCACGAAAGCUGCAGCAUCAGUCAGUGCUGCGCCAGUGGUGGAGACGAGUUUAUAGAGACUCCUCAUUUCUAAUGUAUCCAGACUUAAGCACACACACAGACACACGCACACAAUGAUGUUUUCAAUUGAGACUACUGUUCCAUAUCAGCCGACUGUCGGUGCCGUUCAACAAGUAACUGGAUCAAUGAAGAAAAGUGUUUCUAGUUCUUAAGUGGAGACAAUAAAUGAACAUCAGUUCACAGUGAAA